AUGGCUUUACGGUGCGACUUACUUGAGCUUCGGCGUGUCACCUUCCACCCCAUCCUCGAUCAAACGAUUGAACAACGAACAAACAAAUCCAACCCGUCAACUAAACCAGUGACGAUCACGGCUUAUCCUCGCGACCUUUUCCUACCACUCGAUCGACAUCUCCUCGAUACGAAACUACUGGGCUCUCUAUCUACUGGCUGCAACAUGGUUAUACCCUUUGUUUCACUUUCACAUUUUCUCUUUUCUCUUUCUCUUGUCUUUGUUCCUUUUAUCUCUGCGUUGACUCUUCUUCUGUUCCUCGGGUCGGUCGGUUCGGCUUCUCUUCUUGCUUUGCUGUCUUUUCUUUUACACACCCCCCUUCUACUUUUAUCCCUGGCUGGAUUUAAUGCUUCUUUUUCUUCCCCUUUUCUUCCCCUGCCAGGGCUGGUGGCUGACGCUGAUGAUGACGAGCAUACCCCCUUUUCCUUACUUCUAUUUCCUUUUCUUCCUCUUCAUCUCUUUUCCUUCGUUUCAUGGGACUAUGGGUUGAUAGACCAGCGUUAG